AUUCUGUUUUGUUGCAAAUAUUACAUCGAAUAUUCAAUGCACGCUCUUUGCUCUGACCAAAGUUCAGGGUCUAUAGUGUAGUGUCUAUAAGUAUUAUAAGUCUAGUGUGGCGUAGACCUUGACCUUAUUUGAAGUCACUUAGGAAAAAACUUAGUAGUUAUCUCAGAUAACUUAAGUCAUUUCCGUCAAUUACUACCAGUUCAUCUACGAUUUAAUUGAUAACAAAGGUACAUAAAAUGUACUAUGAAUUACAUUAAAAACUAUUUCGUCAUCUGACAACUGUUUUUUAAAAGUGUUAAAAGUUAGGUUAUCGAAAUGUUUUCUUCCAGAUCUGCAGCAUGGCUAUUUAAGAUAAAUAAAUUUGGAAACAUAUAUCGAUAUUCUUCAUCGACAAAAAGAGAGUUCAAAGAAAUAAAGAUAAAAGUGCCUUGGGGAUAUAUAGCUGGAAAAUGGUGGGAACCCUAUGAUUUACGACCUGUAGUAACUAUUCAUGGCUGGCAAGAUAAUUGCCAGUCAUUCGACAGACUAAUAACCUCUGCUUAACAAAAAUGUAGGCUUUCUAGCGAUAGAUUUACCAGGACAUGGUUACUCAUCAAAACAUCCUGAAGGAAUGCUUUACCAUAUGGCAAAUUAUUUACUGGUCAUUAAAAGCUUAUCAAAAACCUUUGAAUGGCCGAACACAUCAUUGAUGGGACACUCACUCGGAGCAGUCACAUCAUAUAUUUAUUCAAUGCUCUACCCCUCGGAAGUAGACUAUUUGAUAUGUUUAGAUGCAGCUAAACCCAUGGUCAGUAAAAAACAACCAACCAGCAUUAUGCGGCAGCACUCGAAAAAUUCUUCAAAUAUAAUAAAUUUCUUGACUAGUGGAGAACCUCCCAGUUAUACCAUAGAAGAAAUAGCGAAAUUAGUCUCAACAGCCCAUAAACAUUCUAUUUUGCCCGAAAAUGCGAAAUAUAUCUACGAAAGAAAUAUAGCUCCUUCUGAAGUCAAUCCAGGGAAAUUCUAUUUCACCAGAGAUCCAAGACUGAAGACUGGUUCCUUUAGCACAUAUUGUCAAAGAGAUUUGGUUGAGUUAGCCCAACUGAUCACUAUGCCUAUUUUUAUAGCAAAAGCCAAGGAUUCGGUUUAUUACGAGGACAAGGAAAACUUUUAUGAAGUUAUGGAUGUUGUAAAAAGAUCAAGUUCCGAUUUUGAUUUUAAUUAUGUUUCUGGUAGUCACCACGUGCAUCUAAACCAUCCAGAAAAUGUUUUUCCCGGUUUAAUCAAUAAUUUUCUUAGGAAAAAUAGCGUAAAAGAUAGAAGUAAGGGUGGCAUUAUCGAAGACAUAAUUGUAAAUAAUGAAAAAAGGAUAGAGAGUACCUAGAAAAACGAUGUUAAGAAGCAGUUCCGAAAAUAAUAAGGCUGCAAAAGUUGUUUAUCAAUAAAAACAAAAAACUUCAACUGCCAAUUUGGUGAUUGAAAGAAUGGUGUUAACUAUUCGAUAACCAAGGAUAUAACAAAAGAACAAAUUAAACAAGAAACCAUAAUUUGUAAAUAGUGACAAAAUAAAUAUAAUUUAUUAAUAUAAUUAUAUGUAUUUUCAAUUUAUUAAAAUAUUUAUUUUGA